CAGAAAUCCCCCUGAUAUACCAAACCUUCAACCCAUGGAACGCGUUUACAAAGCAUCAAGAGAAAUGGCCGUCGAAACCAGCAAUUUUUCACAAUUUUUUUGCUUAUCUGCUUAACAUGUUAAUAACCCCACCUGGGGGGUAAUGCCAUCCGCAUCCCAAGGCAUUCAAAUGGAGGGGAGAGCCGACCAUCCCAUUCAGGUGGCGGCAAUAAAUAUUUUAUAAAGGCCAGACGACGUCAACAAGAACAUGCAUAUAACAUCCUCCACAGGUAGCGACCGUCGUAAAAAAGGCAACUUUGUAGGAAAGAUUGCGCUGAUGUGCUGAAAAUUCCUUCCUUCCGUCUUGUCAACAACAGCUGAAUAGGCCACACAAUUGGCUGGCAGAUGGCUAAGAGUCUGGCACAGAACCAAGGAACAAACUGGGGUUGUCCUUUUGACCCAAACACCCCGAGCUCUUUUCCCUACCCACAUGGACCGACGGGAUUUUCCAUUUCUUUAUUCAUUAGCAUUUCGACGGGUCGGGAAAUCCUCACAUUAAUAUGAAAUUCUGCUCUGCUCUCCACACUUUUUAACCUAAUUUGUUAGAGUGCGGAAUGUUUAACAAAUUUAAAUAGCAAACCCAGCAAAUUAGUUUUUAUAUGGCCAGCAAACAAAUCUGGCCCAACGGCCUAAAGACCAUUUCCGUUGUUAGCCCAAUUUAACAGGCAUUGUAUUUGUUGUUAGCCAUUAGUUGUCGGUGUUGAGCCGGGCUUUGGGAUUUUAUUUAAACAUAUUUCGGGCUUUUAAUGAAAUUUAUGGCCCUAUGUAAAUGAAAAUCUGUGCUAAAAUGUUUUUAAUUGCCUCCUCUAGGAAUAAAUCGAUAGGAAAGCGAUUUAAUUUAUGUGCGUUUAAGCCAAUUUUAACUAAUUUAGCCUCAUUAGAUUGGGCUAUUUUAAAAGGAAAAUGUAAAUUGUGUAAUUGUUCCGAAACAGCUGAGAUCUUUGUUUAAUUUUCAGUUAUUCAAUUAAAAUAUGCAAUAAUUUCAUGAAAAAUAACAAUAAAUAUAGCCAAAUUGUGUUAUUGGUUGAAAUUUAAUAAUAACCGCAAACAACAAACAACGACACCCAUGUGGCCCGUAAAAAAUUACCUAUCACCACUUAGGGCCGGGAAAAAAGAAACCCAUUAACCAUAACGCUUAGGCAAUAAAAAUAACAAGCCGCAUCAAAUUUUAAAGUAACGUUCAGCCGGGGAGAAAACAAACAAAUAUAAUUGCGCCAAAGGCAGCGGCUGUCCAAGGCGUUGACUUUUUAUAGUCCAGGACUUUUAUUGUUUGUACUUUUGAAGGAAAGUGGCCAAGACAAUUUACUUGGGUCAAAGAAGUUGUCGCCUGGGAAAUUCGACGACAGAAAAUGUGGGGGAACUUCCUUAUUAAAGCGGGCUUGGCUAUAUAGGUAAUGCGAUACAGCUAUGCUUUGAUUGAAUUUGUAUCGGUUUCGGGGUUGAACCUUUUUCUUGACUAUUUCCAUUUAAAAUGUGGCUCAAGCUGGUUGUUUUCAUUCUCGCAUAUGGCCAUUCAGCCAGAACCCAUUCUGAUAUUCAAGUUAAAAAUGGAAAGCAAGUGAAUAGUGAUGGAAGAUUCCUUAGUAUUCAGGUGCCACGCAUCCAGUCAGCUAUUCGAACCAUAGGUAUCUCAUUGUUCCCCUGCUUAUUUGAGAUUGAAUGCAAACAUAAACAGUUAAAUCACGAUCGUCGACCUGGAAUAACCCAUUUAAGAAAGUUACUCGCCUUGACUGGGACACGAAAAAACGAAGAAUUAUGAUCUUUAAUUUGGAUUUGUUAACAUAAUAUCAAAUAAAUACAUAUAUUUUGUAAAUCUAAGAGAACUUAGAAUAUAGUUAACCAAUAAACACAAAGCACCAAACUCUUUACUUUUUAAUGUGGGUAUCCAGGGAAACAAAACAAACUCUAGCAGGCGUUUAGUUAUCUUAGCAACCCCAGAACUUGUUGACGGCCAGUUGAAGAAACAUAGUUAAAGAAAUAGCAGGAAGUUUGAACAGGACCAAAAUGAAUAUCACAUCAGCAGUUUGUUGGUGCAACAUCUGGGACAAGAACACCAUUGUGAAUGUGGGUCCCGAUGUCCUGUGCCUGCGAAAUGGCAAUGCGAUCAAGUUCGUCCACAUGCAGACGAAGGUCGUCAGUUUUUUCAAACCGGAAACGGUGGCCACUGGCCUUAGCAUCAGUGCUUUUGCUGGUCACAACCGUUUUCCGCUUUUCGCCUUUGCCGAGGUCGUUCUACGACCAAAUAUCUUUAUAUACCGCUAUCCGGACAUGGCCAAGUUUAGUUCCAUUCCACCUCACCUGGUAAGCUACACCGACAUCCGUUUUUCGGAGCUGGAUCUUCUGGUCGCCGUGGGCGGCUUUCCUGACUACUGCCUGUGCGUUUACAACUACCGCACUGGAACCUUGGUCCUGGAACAAUCCACCAAUGUGCCCACCGUGCCACGUGGCAUUGUGAUGAGCUUCACCAGCUUGCCCAGCAUUAUACAGUUCAACAAACAGGAGAUGUCCAUCCUGUGCUAUGACAUCUGCACCGUCGAAAAAGAGUCCUUCCUGUACAAGGUGGCCGAGGUGGAGCUGGGCAAGGACUACCUUAAGUCCUGGGAAAAGUGUCUAUCCUUCGGCGAGGAUACCAUUCUGUACGCCACCAACGACUUUGGUCACUUGCUAACAGUGGACGUGGCCUGUUUCGCCCUAAAGCUCCAGUGGGAACCCAAUUACGGAUCGGAUAUUGACGUGGAGCGCUGGCCCCGCGCCCACGGCCUUACCUACCAUCGGUCCGGGUUUAUCAUCUGGAACAGUACGAACGCCUAUUACGUUAAAAAGAAGGCGGGGGUCUACAAGAUUGAGUGGGAGUUGGAGUCCCGUUUGCAUGAGGUCGUGCGUUUCCAGAGCAACAGCAAUGGCGAGAUCUACGCUGAGCGCCGACCAGGUCACAUUGACCAGGUGAUGGUGGACCGCAACGGGACGGCUUCGCUGGAGUGCGUGGUGCCCACGGGCAGGCCGGUGAUCACGUUCCGUGUGCUCCAGGGCCUCAAGGACGAGUGUGUGUGUGUGCUGCACGACGAGGGGGUGGCCAUGAUAGACCUGGCCAAGGGUAACACCCUCUGCGAGGUCUCGGUGCCGGGGGCAGCGGCCAUGUGCAACCACCGCAGCCUGGCCCAGGUGGCCGUGGGCACCCUGGAUGCCCGCGUCGUCUUGAUCCACUUCGAGCGGGCCAGUUUGCCCCACGUCCUCUGCGAACUGAGGUUGGAGACGGCGCCGGUGGUCGGACUGGAGUUCAACGACAGCUGGCUGGUGUUCCAGGAUCAGUCCAAGCUGCUGCACGUCGUCCAGGUGGACAACAGGCCGCACAAGCUGACGCACUACUUCGAGAUGAACCAGCCGGAACUGGGGCAGGUAUUCAUCCACACCUUCAUGUUGGCCGACGGACCGCGCCUGAUGGUCUUCAUCAACCGGGAUCACACCAUGAAGCGUCCCGGCUACGCCACCGAGCUCUGGCUCUACAACUGGGGCAAAGACAAGCGCCUGCACCGGCGGGAGUUUGUCCUGCCCAAGGAGUACGGCUUCUUCUGCGUCCAGCCGCCGGUGGGAAGAUGGGCCGUCAUCGAGAUCGUCGCCACCGAGAACAACACCCUGAACUUUGACCAGUUCGCGCUCAACGAGCGGGACGAGCUGCAGUGGAUCGCCUCAACCAAGUCGGGGCACUUCAGCUUCAUUCUGGGCGCCGGCAUGACCAAGCACCUGGUCACCUGGAGUCUUGGCGGCAUCUUGGUGCACUUCAAGCAGCACAAACGGGCCAAGAAACCCUUUAUGAUCUGCCGUUUCCUCAACCUGGGCAUGCAAACGGAGUACAUACUGCGUGUGAAGGAGUGCUUCAAUUCCAAAUAUCUGAUUAUCCUGCUGGCGAACAAGAGCAUGCGGGUGACGCGACUGCCCUCCUUGGCGGACUUUGUGAGGGAGAAUGUGGCCUUGCCGCUGCCCGUGGAGGAGGGCAUUCCCUGCUUCGUGGAGGAGGUGGUCCACAAGGUGGAGAUGUUUGUGCCCCUGAGUCUGCGCCAGGAGGUCAAGGAGGAGUAUACACGGGCUGAUCUGCUGAAGCGGGAUAAACUGCUGGCCAGCAUCAAGGAUUUUGCCGCCAAGGUGACGGCUUUGAUCGACUAUGAUAUCUCGAAGACGGGAAAAACCCAUGGGAUCUUCAAGAAGUUCUGCUUCCACUACCGCUGGCUGGAUGCCCUCACGGAGGAGGCUCACAAGCUGUGUGCCCUGGAGCGGGAAUCGCUGGAACGAGCCAUUGCGGAUCAGGCCAGGAUUCGCGACUGGAUCCUGCGCCUGGUGACCCGCGAUGCCGUGAGCAUUAACUAUCGCGUUCGCUCAAUUUUCGCAGAUGCCAACUUCGAGAGCUUCUCACUGCGACGCAAGGUUGAGAUGACGGAGUUCGACAAGUAUCGUUUCUACGACCUCGAAGACCACCUGCGCGUCUCCCUUGGCUCCUUCGAGGAGGAGGAGGCCCCAGCUCCAGCCGCCGGCGGUCAUGGUCCACCUCCUGCCAUCGAGGAUGGUGAACAGGCCGAUGAGGCGAAGGAAGAGGUGGUCGAGGGACUAAAGGAGUUAAAGCAGUUCGUGGUGGAGGGACCCAGCGUCUACGAGCACAUAAUGGCACCCGUCUUUCAGUUGCAGGACAAGAACUUGGUGACCUCGAACCAGUUGUUCAACUACAACUGUAAGAUCCGCUACUAUCUGAACGACCCACUCAAGGCGGAGUUCAACAAGCUCUUCCACGAAGCCCAGCAGCUCAAGCAGGACACCAUCGACAGUGUGAUGAACACCAAUGUGGUGCUCAACAAGAUCUACGACAACAUGAACAUCAUGCUGCGACUGCUCAAUAUGGAUCAAUUUCAGCUUCCGGAACUGACCGUGCCUGCGUUGGCCCAGGAUGAGGUCAUCAAGCGGAUCAUGGAGGUGGACGACUCGGAGAUCAAGGCUAUCAAUCGCAGAAAGCCCAAGACCAUCGAUACGGGCGGCAAGAAGGGCAGACUGCUCCUUUGGAGCCCCGAGUUCUGGUCUCGGGCCCUCAUCGUGAUGAUGGACGGGGUGCUAGAGAAGCUGUGGGAGGAGGAGAUCAAGAAGGACAUCCCCGAGCCGGAGUUCAUGCAGAAGAAGCAGCCGCACGAGUACAAUCUCGAGGAGCAGAAGAUCUUCCGGGCCUACGAGGAGGCGGUCCACCUGCUGGAACUGGAUCGUCGCAAGUACCUUCGCAUCCUGCACGAGAACGAGGAGAAGACGCUAGCCCUGAAGGCCGCCCAGAUCCUGAAGCUCAACCAGCGCGUGGCCGAGCUGAUGAUCAUGAAGUUGAAGUACGACUUUGCUCUUAAGCAGGGACAAUUGCGUCUUCUCACCCUGGAGCAGAUCAACUUUGGACGGGUCCAGUUGCAGAAACGCUUUUGCAUGUUUCGCAAGGACAUCGACAAGCUGAACGACUACAUGACACGCUAUAGCAACCUGCUCGACUUCUACGACAAGGCCUUUCUCGAUGUGAAGACGCGACUGGAGGCCCAACAGACCCGCGAUCGGGCCGUGGAGCGUCAGUUCAGGGCUCAGUUUUUGCCCCUGGUCCCGCAUGCCACCCACGAGAUGACCAAGCUGUUCAAGAAGCGGCCCAAGCUGCCGGGCAAAGUCUUCAACUCGGUGCUCAUCUGCAUGGAGGCCUCGAAUAAGCUCAGUGGAAAGCCCAGCCACCGUACUCCCUUUCCCCUGCCCGACGACGUGCUGGAGUUCCUCAACUAUCUCUCCGAAUUCGACCAGCCCAAGCAGUGUCCGCCUCAGGUGGAUGCCAAGUCCUGGGACACCUUCGUGAAGUUGCGCCGCCAGAAGACCGAGAGCGAGCUGCGGCUGAAGGGGAUUGGCUACCAGCUGCUCGACAGCCAGGGCCUCCUGGGCGUCCUCAACAAGGACCUCGCGGCGCUCAAGGAGUCCAAGGUGCUCACGCAGCGCAAUGCAGAGGAGAGCAUCCAAGCAUACUUGGAAAAGAUGAGAAAUAUGACCAUUCAGUUGACCCUCACAAAGGGUCAGGUCGAGGUCUCGGUGUUGGGCCAGUUCACCAAUCUCUCGAACACAGUUCUUAUGCACGUGGACGACAUCAACGAGGUGAAUCGCCAGAUACAGGACGCCGGAAACAAGAAGAUCAAGGCUAUGCAGCGAGUGGCCGUAUUUAGACGCCAGGUGAUCUUCAAGGAGUGGGAGCACAAGCUGUACAAGGCCAAUAUAGCUUAUCUUAAAUACAUGCUGGACGCCAUCGAGAAGUGCAAGGUAUCCAUGGAGUUCCUCAACAUCCUACGCAACUGGGAAAAGGUCAAGACGGAGCGACAGAAGUACAUAGCCGGUGCCAUCGAACGAGUGAUCGAGCAAAAGAUAGCUAACUUCAGAAAGAACAUCGAACGCGUGAACAUUAAAAUCGACGCGGUAAAGGCACAGACCUUGGAGGUAAAGCGCAGCAACCACGCCAUCGAUUUUAAGAUCGAGCGAAUCAAGGUGGACGUCACUUUCCAGAACACCAUGCGCGAUACCAUGAUGGAGGAAAAGCGGGAUCGCGAGCAGCGUGAGCGAAUGUCGCAGAUAAAGACCCACCGGCAGCUCAUGGAGAAUGUGCGCCGUCACUACGCCCAUGUACUGGAAUUGCAGACGAUUCUGGAGCUACUUCGCCUCCGAACCUACCCCACUUUGGGUCCACCCCUGCCCCAAUGCCAUCCGCCGGUGCCGGAGCACAUCCUCAGUUCGGUGCCCUAGGAGAAGUUCAACCCGACCAAAACCAGCCAGCAGACCAUUCCAUGGAGCUAAGUUUUAGCCACUUGGCGAAAUUGCAAUUAAAUAUUUUCAUUGCGCCAAAUGAAAAUUUAUUAGUGGUUCUUGGGAUCUGGUCGGGGUCUUACGACUGCCGCUGCCACUUAAUUGGGUUUGUUUGUGUCUAGGAAAAUUACCAAAACGAGGCACAAAGUCAUGCACUUUGAGCUCUGUUUGCUGCUCGUAGACUAAUCGCUUUUGGGGCUCAAAUUGGCGGGACGGAAAACCCUCAGCGUCGCACUUCACAUUAAUUGUUUUAAUGGAUUUCUCUUGAAAUCAUUUGUAGCUAAGCUAGUUGAUCCGUGGUUGUAUUUUGGAAUAACUUACGCGAUGAGACAAGCAUAGGAAAAGUACCUUUUUCAGACUUAAGAACCAAUUUAAAAUACGCUUUGCAAUGACACAAAUAUAGUUAAUUCCGAAUGAAAACAAAAAUUUGCUGUUCCGACCAAGACUAAGUAUAUGUUAGAAAUAUAUUCUUAUAUAACAAUUUUCCAUUUAUGUGGCUUUUAACAAAUUUAAUGAAGUUUUAUAGGCUGCCAAAUGUAUGGCUAGUUUUAAUUUAUAAAUUAAACAAACUUAAUUGAAUCCCAAACCUAAAAUCAACUGUUUUUCAAACAUCAACAAAAGCAUUUACCUAUCGUAAACAUUAUGUCAUUUGUGAACUCUGACCAGAAAACUAGCCUCUUAUCUGUCUGGCCGUCAAAAUCAGCGAACUGUACUUUCAUUCGCUCAGUGUGUCAAUUAUUCUAAUUGAAUUGCAAAUCAUUCACAAAAAGUCUAUUAACAGACCAAAAUGAAAAGCUUUAACCUUUGGAGGUGAGUUACUGUAUACACUAUACUAUUAACUUUAUAUUUUUUACCACAUUAACCCUAUAAAGUUUUUUUGCCGCCUUUUAAAGAUAAGAUCAGCGUGAUCAAGCUGCGUUUCUGAGUUCACAUUAAGUGAAACCUCAGUAAGAACGUCCAAUGUUUGUAGGGUUUGAAAAUGUCUUCUAAUUUUUGACUUCAAAUUUCUGUAUAAGCUUGCCAAUAAAAAAUUUCCGUGCUUUAAAGUAUUUUAAGUCUAAUAAUGAUUGUGCACAAAUGCUGGAAUGUGGGUCGUCUUAUCAGGAAUUUCAAAAAAGCCUCUUAUCAAGCUGAAAUUAUUUGCCACGUGCAGCUCGGUAAUGGAUGCUGCCAAACAUAAAAUUGAUAAGAAAAUAUAAGAGAAAUAAAACAAAAUUAAAGCUUUAAACAUUUUACAAAAACAGAAAACGAACAAUAGUAGAUAACCAUAUUUCCGGGUGCUGGAUUAGAAGGCCUUCAGCACGGUUCUGUUUUGGCACAUCAUGCCAUCGAAUUACAGUGGGCGUUGCAUAUAUUUAAAAUCAAACAAACGAACGCCCCUCAAAAAAUAAUAAUUAAUUAAAAAUUUAUCUUUUGAAUGGAAACUCAAGUUAUUAAAAUCAAACUUUAAAUAGGAACGUCAACAGUUAUUUAAAAAUAUGUUCUCACUAUCAAAAAGGGGUUAGGAUACCGAAAUCGCAGACAUUGUCAUACUAACAAGCGGUUUCGCAUAGCCGUUGUCUUCUGUAGAAAAAGCAAAUUAGAGAUUCUCCAUCAAAGUAAUCCCACAGCUGGGAGGCUAGGCGGUACACCACAACACCCAGCAUGCGACGGAAAAAAGUACGCUUAUCACGGGUCAGUUCCCUAGCGCUAAACGCUCGGCCUUCCUAGUGGCGAUAAGCCGGGCUCGAAUUCGGGCGGCUGCGACGCAAAACGAGGUGUCGUUAUGAGUAGUUUGGCAGACGUUCAAUCAGUACUCAAGUCAUCGUUCUCUAGUUCAGAGUUCCGCAGCAGUAACAAAAUCCAACUCAAAAUGGCCAAGAUUGCUCUGAUCUUCCUUCUGUUCGCCCUGUUCGCCGUGGCCAUGUCCGCUAGUGUCCCCAGCGAGGAGGCAUCUAACCCCGUGCAAGACGUUGCUAACCAAAUCGCCAAGGCCUUCAGGGAAAACACUACUCCG